UUAGACUCAUAAUUGAAUUGAAGUUCAAACCGCAUCGCAGGUUGCAUUUGCAGCCGCAGAUCACUUCGCCCGCCCAAACUCCUCUUUCUUCUGCCCCAAACUAAUUUGAAAUCCACUUAAAUCUCUCUGCAAUCUAAUCUUCGAUCUACUCAAUUCAGAUGGCUGCCAACGUUGAUUCUUCUCCGUCUCCUCUUUCUUCGAAGAAAGAGAACUUGACACCAGUUAAUUCAAAGAUUUCGGAAUUGAGAGAAUCGCGAGCAGAACUGUUAGAUAGAAUUCAAAAUUUGAAGAAUGAUCUUCAAAGUUGGAGAUCAAAAUUAGAUACUCAAGUUAAAAGCUACCGUGAUGAGCUUUCAGAUCUGAAGAAAACUUUGAAUGUGGAAGUGGAUCAGCUUCGAUCUGAAUUUCAAGAACUAAGAACAACUCUUCAACAGCAACAAGAAGAUGUUACUGUUAGUUUAAAGAACUUGGGUUUGCAGGAUGUUUCAGGAGAUGUUAAAGAUACUGAAGGUUCAAAGGUGGAAGGAGAGAACAUAUGAAACGAAGUUUGAAUUAAGAGGUUGCCAGCAAGUGUGCCAUGCCGACGUGUUAGUUUUGAUGAUGUGGUAUGUGACAUCGAAAUAUGUAAAAAUUGAAAAAAAAAUCUAAAAUAUAAUGAUUUUUCUGAAGUUUUUAAAAUAUAGUGACUUUUGGG